AUAUAGCGGAUCUUCAUCCUUCAUCCAAUCUUUGUUGACCUCAUUCUUCUUCAUUCUCUAUCUAUCUAUUUCCUUUCUAGUUCUAAGGGUUGAAAUCUCAAUCUCAAUCUCGUGUAAUUAACUCCUGCAAAACCCCUAAGCCGCCGCAGCAGCAGCAGAAGCAACAGCAAAGAUGUCGGAGAUGGCACAAACAGAUCCAGAAGGAAUCGAUGGCGUUCGCAUGACUUGGAAUGCUUGGCCACGAACCAAGGUUGAAUCAAGCAAAAUCGUUAUUCCAAUCGCAGCUUCAAUCUCUCCGAUCCGAUCUCAUCCUGAAAUUCCUACCCUCCCUUAUCAUCCUCUACAUUGCAAGACAUGCUCCGCUGUUCUCAACCCUUUUUGCCGUGUCGAUUACGCGGCUCAUAUCUGGAUCUGCCCAUUCUGUUUCCAGCGUAAUCACUUCCCUCAUCAUUAUUCUUCAAUCUCAGAGACCAAUGUCCCUGCCGAACUUUACCCUCAGUACACCACAAUUCAAUACUCUCUCCCAUCAAACUUCUCCAAUCCUACAACUGGCGCUGAAUUACCACAACAGCCGCCGGUAUUUGUAUUUGUUCUCGAUACUUGUGUGAUCGAGGAAGAACUCAAUUAUGCUAUAUCUGCUGUAAAGCAGGCUAUUUCGUUACUCCCGGAGAAUGCUCUUGUUGGGUUUAUAUCGUUUGGGACACAGGUACAGGUUCAUGAAUUGGGUUUUUCGGAUAUGUCCAAAGUUUAUGUUUUCCGAGGAUCAAAGGAGUUGUCUAAAGACCAAAUUUUGGAGCAACUUGGGCUUGGUAUGAUUGGCAGGAGGAUGGCUAAUCCAGGCUUCCAGAAGCAGCCAACUGGUGGGGUUCUACCCAAUGCAGGGGUUACUAGGUUCCUGUUGCCAGCUUCAGAAUGUGAAUUCAGCCUCAACACGCUAUUAGAUGAAUUGAACAAUGAUCAAUGGCCAGUUCAAUCUGGCUACAGGGGAUUACGAUGCACUGGAGCUGCAUUGAGCAUUGCAGCAGGUUUGCUAGCAGCAUGUUCAACCGGCAGUAAUGCUAGGAUUAUUGCUUUGGUUGGUGGUCCUUGCACUGAAGGACCUGGCGCGAUUGUGUCAAAAGAUCUAUCAGAUCCAGUACGUUCACAUAAAGAUCUUGACAAGGAUGCAGCUCCAUAUUUUAAAAAAGCAGUUCAGUUUUAUGAGGAAUUCUCAAAGCAGCUAGUUAGCAAUGGGCACAUCUUAGACAUUUUUGCUUCUGCACUUGACCAGGUUGGGAUUGCAGAAAUGAAAAUCGCUAUUGAAAGAACUGGUGGGCUUGUGGUUUUAGCUGAAAGUUUUGGUCAUCCUGUUUUUAAAGAUUCAUUCAAGCGUGUUUUUGAACAGGGCGAGCAGUCUCUUGACCUGUCUUUCAAUGGCACACUCGAAAUAAUCUGUUCAAAGGAUAUCAAGAUUCAGGGUAUAAUUGGACCUUGUACGUCUUUGGACAAGAAAGGACCUGCUGUUUCCAACACUGUCAUUGGUCAGGGAAACACUACAUCUUGGAAGUUAUGUGGCUUGGAUAGAAGUACUUGCUUGACAGUGUUCUUUGAUGUUUGUGCUAGUGAAAAGCCUGAUCCUUCAGGAAAUGUAAAUCCAAUGUUAUACAUACAGAUCCUAACAAGCUAUCUGAGUGCAGAUGGUCAAACAAGAAAACGGGUGACCUCCCUUUGUAGAAGAUGGGUAGAUAGCACCGUUGUAUCAGAGGAACUGAUACAAGGAUUUGAUCAGGAAACUGCUGCUGUAGUAAUGGCUAGAUUAGUCUCUUACAAAAUGGAAAUGGAGGAAGGAUUUGAUGCAACAAGGUGGUUGGAUCGAAACCUUAUUCGUCUUUGUUCAAAAUUUGGUGACUACAGGAAGGAUGAUCCAUCUUCUUUUACUUUAAACCCUUCUAUUUCCAUGCUCCCCCAGUUCAUGUUCAACCUGCGACGCUCACAAUUUGUGCAGGUGUUUAAUAAUAGUCCAGAUGAGACUGCUUAUUUUCGUAUAUUAUUAAACCGGGAGAGUGUGGUCAAUGCCACUGUCAUGAUCCAACCAUCACUAAUAGCAUAUUCAUUCAAUUCAUUGCCUGCUCCAGCUUUGCUAGACGUGGCUUCCAUUGCAGCUGAUCGUAUACUCUUGCUCGAUUCUUAUUUUAGUAUAGUUAUCUUCCAUGGAAUGACAAUUGCCCAGUGGAGAAAUAUGGGUUACCAUAAGGAGCCUGAGCACAAGGCAUUUGCACAGCUGCUCCUAGCUCCUCAAGAUGAUGUCCAAAUGAUUAUGCGUGAACGUUUCCCUGUUGCCAGAUUGGUUGUAUGCGAUCAACAUGGGUCUCAGGCAAGAUUCCUUUUAGCAAAAUUGAACCCUUCAGCUACAUAUAGUAAUGCCCAUGAAAUGAGUGCUGGGACAGAAAUGAUAUUUACAGACGAUGUUAGUUUACAAGUAUUCAUAGAACAUCUUCAAAGGUUGGCUGUCCAAUCGUCUUAAUGGCGCUGUUUUGGGCCUUUGCAACAUGGAAAGUAUUAGAGGUUAAAAAAGGGAAAUGAAGUAUCAUAUUCUUUAGACAGUCUGAAGUAUAAAAUCUGAUCUGAUCUGAUUUGAGUUUGAUAUUAUUGAUUUAUAUACAGAAAAAAGAACUAGUAUGUAAGUUAUAAGGAGAUAGACGAUACUCUUUUUUUCUCUUUUUUUUUACAAAAUUUUUCAUCUGGUUCUCAUUCCCUGUAACAAUUUUCUUCUAAAGAAAUCCUGUUUUCA